GCUGCCCGGCGGGCGGAGGCGGGAAAGCCGUGAGGGGAGGGCUUGGGCGGGAAAGCCAUGAGGAGAAGGUUUAGGCGGGAACGGGGCUGCGCGCGCUGUGGGGGGGGGCUUGUGGAGGCAGUGCGGUGGGGUGCUGUGGGACCCCCCUCACCCCGUCGUAGCUGUGGUUUUAAGAGCAGUAAUGAUCCCCCCUCCCUUGCGUGAUCACUGUCUCAUGGAAAUGCUUUUAGGAAUAAUGAAAGAUGCAAAAUUCCAUUCAGUAUUCAGCUGGGUGUAGAGGUUGCUUUUGCCUUAGAGCACCACGUACCCCUGAGAUGCUGCACAUAUACCCCAAAUUCUGCAUUUAGGCCUCCAGCCACCUGGAGUGGUCUGUCAGCAGGCUUCUGUACCUGCAUUUCUGCUCCUCUGCUGCUUUUUUUAAAAAAAAAAAUCUCUUGCAUAAUAAGCUGUCUGCUCGUUGGUGCAUUGCACUGAGGAUAAAGUGUUUAAAGUGUUUUAUGUGCUAUUAGAGAUCACUGAAGUCAUAUUCAGCGCCUUAAGGGUGGUCGUACCCCAGAACCUGAGCUCAAAAAUGCUUCAUUCAGAAAAGGAGUUCCAUGAUGCGGCGAAGCGUAAUGACACGGCCAGGAUGGAGGAGCUCAUCAAGAGAGGGGUCGAUGUCAAAGCCAAAAACAGUACAGACCGAACUGCCUUGCACUGGGCUGCAGGAGCUGGGAAUGUGGAUGCUGUGCGACUGCUCCUGGACCAUGAUGUGCCAGUGGACGAUGAGGACAGUUUUGGAAUGAAUGCACUUCUGCUCUCUGCUUGGUUUGGCCACCUCCGUGUCCUGCAUAUCCUCGUCAAUGCUGGGGCAAAGAUAAACUGUGUUAAUAAGAAUGGCAGGAACCUGCUUCACUGCGCUGCUCAGAGGGGACACAUCCAGGUGAUGGAAUUCAUCAUGGAGCACCUGGAAGAUGUGUGUGUGGAUCAGACAGACAAGAUGGACAGGACAGCAUUUCACCUGGCUGCAGAAUAUGGACAGCUGGAAGUGGUGGAGUUCCUAAUCCGACAGGGUUGUUCUCACAGUGCUAAAGACAAGGAAAAGGAUACAGCAUUGCAUUUAGCUGCUAAAAAUGGACAUCUUUCUGUGCUGCAGAAGAUUGUAGAUGUUGGAGUGGACCUUGAUGAAAAGAACUUAGAAGGACUUACAUGUUUACACCUGGCUGCUGAGGGGGGUCACAGUGACUGUGUGAAGCUCCUCUUGGAAGCAGGUGCUGAUGUUAAUGCCCAAACUCAGAAGAAAAUGAACUGCCUUCAUUAUGCAGCACUGCAUGGCUAUGAGGAGAUAGCCAGGGUCCUUGUGGAUGCAGGAAUCCACAUAGAUGCUGUUAAUCACCAAAAUGCAUCAGCAACACACAUUGCGGUACUGCAGAACUUCCCAGCGCUGGUGAAGCUCUUCAUUGAUGCGGAGUGUGACCUUGACAUUCCAGAUAAUAGGCAGCAGACCUCACUUCACAUUGCUGCAGAACAUGGCAGACAGGACAUCGCCGAGAUGAUUCUCAUUGCUGGAGUAAAUCUGAAACUAACGGACAAGCAAGGAAAAACAUCUCUGGAUGUUGCUGCCCGAGGCAAUCACAUCAACUUGGCAGACAUGAUUAUCAAGGCCGAUCGGUUUUACAAAUGGGAAAAGGACAAUAUGAACAGUGACUCCAACUCCUGGGUGGCAAAGCACUUGACCUUUAAGCAAGAUCACAGGGUGGAAACACAGCACAUCCGCUCAGUAAUGUGGAGGUUAGCUACUAAAUAUCUCAAACCUGGUGAAUGGAAGAAGCUGGCACAUUACUGGAAAUUCACUGAUGCACACAUUAGAGCCAUUGAGCAACAAUGGACAGGUACUGCAAGCUACAGGGAGCAUGGCCACAGGAUGUUGCUGAUCUGGCUUCAUGGUGUGAUCAUGGCAGGAGAAAAUCCAGUCAAGGGAUUGUAUGAAGGUCUUGUGGGCAUUGGAAGAAGAGAUUUAGCAGAAAGCAUUCGGAAAAAAGCAAAUGCAGAUCCCGCUUCUCCACGGAAGUGCACAGUAAUGUAACACCUGAAGGGUGUCACUGCCUGUCUUAAGAACUACAGGAGAAUCAUUGCUAUGCUACUUACCAGAAGGCAGCUAUAACUUAAGGGCUUGUCAUAAAAGUUGGCAUCACUGAUGCUUCCUUCUUGGUCUGGAACUAUCAGCAUAUAGUAGCAGUCUAAAUGCCUCUUUAUAAAGAAGUGGAAUUUUAUUGGCUAUUCUCUAUGUUCCAAAUACUGUAAUAAGAGGUAAGUCCCAGCAUGGCAAAUGAGACUAUCAGGAAAUACUGCAGCAUUUUAAUGUAACUUGUUUGCAUCACGAUUUUGUAUAUAAAUUUUUUAGUUGUCUAUUUUAUAAAUUGGGGAGAAUGCGUUUUGAGGAAUGUUCUUUACAUAUCUGUUCUGUGUUUUUGUUUCUGGUCUAGCACUUGUGUCUUAGAUUUGUUCUGAACUUCCCUCUUAGCACAGGAGUUUGUUCAGAAAAAUCAAGGUGUGCUGCUUGGUCUGUGAUCUUUGUGGAGAAGAUCAUUUACAUCGGUGCAACAUUUAUACAUCACAUGGGUAACUUCUUUAAUCUCUAGGUUGCUACUUGAAAAGCUUAGAUGAGCAUGGAGUUAUCUAUGUUCUAAGAGACAAAGAGUGAAGCUGUUUAGACUACCUGAAGGUUGAUAUUUUUGUCCAGAGCAUUGCUGCAUGGAUUUUACUGUUCCAACUCAAAGAUGUUAUCAUUGGUUAUUUUACACAGUCUCUCAUAAAGACAAUUUUCAUAAGCACAGAUUUGACCUGUCAGCUUUUGUAUUUUUAGAGUGUUUCAAGUAGAAAUAAUGUCUGUAUUUCAAUGAAUCAAAAUUUUACUGUUAAAUUUGCACAUUAUAUCUUAGUCAUCUUUUUCUUAAAAAAAAAAAGAAACCCAACAAAAAAACUGCACAAAUCUCAUUGCUAACCCAACACAACCUUAUAA